AUGGCGCCUAGGAUAGGUCGUGGACCAGACACCCCGGAGUCCCCGGGACAUUGUGCGCGCGCGGGACAGGAAGUUCCUCCCUUCUCCAGAGCGCCGUCGACCCCACGCCACGCAGAGGUGAAGAUACGCAGGACGUCCUCUAAAGCAACUUCCGUGGGUGCCAGGUUAUGGGCUGGGGGCGGUGCUGACCUUGAGAGCGCGGAGGAGGCGCAGGCGCAGCACAGGUACGUCGGCGGGCGGAGCGCAGUGGCUGCGCUUGCGAGGACCCUGAGGUGGCAAUUGAAGUCGGAAGAACAUCUACCAAGAGCAGAGAAACCAGGAAGAAAAUUCUGCCUGUUUAAUACGUUCCAAUAUGGACGUUUUCCAUAUAGGUAUCUGUCUGUAUCUGUGAUCUAUAUCUAUGAUAUAGACAGAUAUGUAUCGAUAUAUCGGGGUUCUCAGCCAUCCAAAAGAAGCAUGCACAGGGCCAGUUGCUUUAUGUCAGGAAAGGGGAUACAGACUGAAUGUAUGAGGGGUUUUCUUUUUCUAUCUGAUAUAUAUCUAUAUCAGAUGCAAAUAAGUGAAACUCUCAUACACCUUUUAAUUUUGUGUUUUUCCCAAACUCUAUUCCAGUCAACUUUUUCUGCCUUUUUAUUUGAUUAUAAUGAGACGUCGUCCUGGAGGCAGGCUUGAAAUGGAUAUACAGAGCACUUUCAACCCAGAAAUUUGUCUCACGACUUGGGGAUCCUUACUUAAAUUGUAGCUGUUAGUAAUUUCAUCCAUGAAUUCACUUUGUGCCAUAGUGUGACGUUUUUUAUAAAGUUGGAAUUGGGAAGGGAAACUAGGAAGUUUUGAGGGAAGUUAAGAAGGUUGAGUAGGCAGGUGUAUAGAUACUAAAUUUCACCCUCCUUAUCAGAGUACCUGGAGGGUAUGGUAUCCAAGCUGUAUAUGACCCAAAGGAAUCGGAGUUCUCAGCCAUCCAAAAGAAGCAUGCACAGGGUCAGUUGCUUUAUGUCAGGAAAGGGACACAGACUGAGUGUAUGAGGGUUUUGUUGUUGUUUAAAUUUGGCUUUGUGGGGGGACGAACAGCGUGACAAUUAAAGAAGAUCUAGGAAUCGUAAGUACUGACAGAAUAGCUGGAGGGGAGGUGAGACUGGAGAAUAGUUUGUGAAACAGAUCCUGCUGAGGAUGAAUCCAGAACUUCCUGAAGGGUUCCGCUUCUGCUGUGUAGGGACAGGGUUGUAAAUAGACAAGCCACAGGGCACUUGCAACUGGUAAGUGUGGUAGAGAGGGGCUGGAAUUGUCUGUUGGUGUAUCUGUGGGAAGUAGCUGCUAUCCAUGAGGAAGAAAAGAUGGAGAAGGUAAGUGGCUAUCAACCUGUCAGAAACAACACAUUCUGUGAAAUUGUAUUCUUUCAUUUCUGACACUGUGGUUCUUAAUAUCUGUCCUAAACCUGGCAGUCAUUGAAGUUCACAAAGUAUCUUCUAUGUGACAGUAAAACUGGGAUUACUAUCAGAAUGGAAUCCAUUCCUGCCAGAGUAAAACCAUAAAAAGAAAUCGUAGUUUUGAUUAUCUGCUUAUCAUUUUUAAUAGAUCAUGGAGUUCAAUGUUCCUUAUUUAAUCAAGUUGAUAAAUAACUUGAUUACUAUCCUUUAAUGUUCUAUUUCACACAGUUCUCUCAAUUACAUGUGAAAAAUCUGUAAUAUAAGUAAUGCUAUUUAAUGAUUAAAAUGGAUAUAUGUUUUAAGGAAGUGCCACCCAGUCUUUUUUAUUUUGUAGAAUAAUAAUAUUAUCUGUUGGUUGCCUGCCUUGAAGUAAAAUAAUUUUCCUGUUUCCAUUAUUUAAAAUAGGUGGGUGUCUUUGACGAAGAUAUAAAGAAAGGGCACGGUUAUGAAAGGGAAGAAAAGAUAGAUGAUAGAGAUGAAAAGAAAUUCAGUAGUUUCAGCAAGGGAAUUAGGAGCAUAAUCUUUGAGAAAAGUCUUGGUUGCUUACCAUUCGGGCUUUGUGAUGAGUUGAAAUAUCCUGAGUGAGAACUGUUCUCAAAUGCUUUCAAGACCAACAAAAAGUUAUGAUACCCACACUGACCUGGAACUCUUUCAACCAUUAAGAUAUAUCACUUUUUCAUAGUUCAGUCCAUAUUUUUUGCAACAUGUUCUGAUUAGUUUUUCUGCUAAGAAAUUUCUGCUGUUUCUGAAGAAGUAUAAGUGUCGUAUGCUUUCAUUGUAAUUUUUUUUUCCCUAAUGUAUACUGUUCUCCUAAUUAGACUAUAAAUUCCUCCAAGGCUGGGACCUUGUUUUGUUUUCCCGCCUUCCCCUUAAGAAAUAUCAUUUAAGUGAAUGUUGUAAAAGUUACUUCAUUUAAAUUGCCCUUAAAAUGCUUUA